UCGGCACGUAAUCUGGCCAGAAGCAUCUGGACAGUCUUCACGAAAUUCAAAAAUAUGCAACCGCUGGGAUUACUGAAAAAAAUCGACGUCUGAGCAGAACUCAUGCUCGGCGUCGAGGGAAGCAACAAUGGGAUCAUGCAAAGAAUAUCGAUCGAUUACUACGUUGGAUUUACGGAAGAAGACGAGUAACAACUUUGGAAAGAUGACGAUGAACCUAACCAGAGGUCCAAGAGCCCCGGAAGAGUAUCAAUGGAAGAGGUGACGUAUCACCCAGUGAUGCGUAAACGACGUGGACUGGCCAGCGCCAUUUUGGGCCUGAUAGUUGGCCUUCUCCUGGGUUUCCUCAUCCAAAGCUACAGAAUACUCUCGUCGAGCCACCAUCAAAGGUUCAACAUGUAUGCAACCUCUAUGCCUGGGGCACGUCUGCCGCUAAAACCGUCGGCGCGUAAUGUUCCCAAGCUGAACGACGACGAGCAGAUAAACAGUUCUUCCAGUAGUCUGGUGUUCGUCGGUGUUAUGACAGCUAGCAAGUACCUGGAUUCUCGGGCCAAAGCCGUCUACGAAACCUGGGGCAAGGAGCUACCGGGUAAAAUCGCCUUCUUCUCGUCGGAAAGCUCCGUUGUUCCCGAAAGUUGUCCCGAUCUGCCUCUAGUGCCGUUGCCACGGGUCGACGACACGUAUCCACCUCAGAAGAAAUCGUUCAUGAUGCUACAGUACAUGUGGAACAAUUACGGUGAUCGUUUCGAGUGGUUCCUCAGGGCGGACGAUGACGUUUACGUGAGGACGGAUCGUUUGGAGAAAUUGUUACGAUCGGUGAACUCCAAGAGAGCCAUGUACAUUGGUCAAGCGGGCAGAGGCAAUUCCGAAGAAUUCGGUCUACUGUCGUUGGAAUACGACGAGAAUUUUUGCAUGGGCGGGCCAGGUGUUAUUCUGUCCAGGGAAACACUCAGGAGGAUCGUGCCUCACAUCAAGUACUGUUUAAGGCACUUGUACACCACUCACGAGGACGUCGAAUUGGGAAGGUGCGUGCAGAAGUACGCUGGUAUACCUUGUACCUGGAGCUACGAGAUGCAGUCGAUUCUGUAUCACAACAGCAGCGGUGCACAGGCGUUCACCGGAAACCUGAAGAAAAAAGAAGUACAUCGUGCUAUUACAUUGCAUCCUGUUAAAAGUCCGCCACAUAUGUACAGGCUGCACAAUUAUAUGAGGGGACUUCAGAUACAGGACCUGCAGCAGGAGAGAUUGAACCUUCACAGGGACAUUUACACCAUGGCCAAGCAAUUGGAGAUAAGCGUGGAGAAUAUGAAAAAUUUUGAAAUAGCUGACGGCGUGCCUCUCUUUCCGGUGAAUCCCUACUCGAAAGAAUAUCCAGGAGACACAGAGAUAUUAGGUGUUCCAGCAGGGCUUCGCUCGUUCAAACCAACAACCGCCGACGAAGUAAUUCCUUGGGACUUCCUUUCGAGAUCGGAGUACAGCUUAGCCGAUUCGAAUCCCAGGAGAAGAAUUCACAGUGACAUUAAAGAAGGCCUCGAGGACAUCACCAGAGAAGUGAUGGCUUCUAUAAACGCUUGCUCACGACAGCGUGGCAGAGUCGUCGAGGAAAGGUCGACCCUAUACGGCUACAGAAGAGUGGAUUCUUAUGGUGCCGACACGAUACUGGAUCUUUUGUUGGUGUACCGGAAGUACAGAGGCAGAAAGGUUACUCUACCUGUCAGAAGACACGUCUACCUUCAUCAGCAUUUCACGGGACUGGAAAUACGGGAAACAGUGAACGGGGAGGAAGUGGACGAGUCGCGAAGAAACGAACGAAACGGCAAAUCUCUGCAAAGUAUAUUCAGCGCUGGUUUCCUGAACCUGAAUUUCAACUUCGAAGAAGAAGAUCCAGUCAACGGCAAGACCAUCCAUUUUGUCCUGCCUCUGUCCGGAAGGUACGAGGUGUUCCAAAGGUUCCUACAAAAUUACGAGGAGGUCUGCUUGACGAGCGGCCAAAAGACUGCUCUGUUGGUCGUUUUAUAUCAGCACAAAACCGAGAACUCGUUUAAUCGAACGAUAGAUCUGAUCGAGCAGCUGAGAUACAAAUAUCGUAGCGCCAGUCUCGACGUGGUACCGAUUUCUGGUACGUUUUCCAGAGCGAAGGCUCUGAAUUUCGGUGUCUCGAGGUUGAAGAACGACGACCUGAUGUUGUUCAUCGACGUCGACAUCGUGUUCAACGAAUCAGCACUCUAUAGAAUACGAGCGAACACUAUUUACGGCAGACAAGUGUAUUUCCCGGUGGUGUUCAGUCAGUACGAUCCUAAGAUCGUUUACAGACACAACAGGAAGCGACAGGACAUGUACGCUGUGAACGAAGUGACCGGUUACUGGAGACAGUUCGGAUUCGGUAUCGUAUCCCUGUACAAACGGGACUACAAAACUGUGGGUGGUUUCGAUCUGUCCAUUCAAGGAUGGGGCAAGGAGGACGUAGAUUUCUUUGAGAAGUUGAUUAAAUCCGAUAUCAAGAUCUUCAGAGUAGCGGAUAAGGAUCUGAUCCACGUUUAUCACGAUAUCGAGUGCAGCAAGGAUCUCUCCGACACGCAGUUCUCCAUGUGCAUGGGAACUAAAGCUGACACUUAUGGAAGUAUACAUACUUUAGCGGAAAUGAUUUACGAAAAUCCAGAUAUAUUGCAAUUUGCCAAAGCUAGAAGAGCCAAUUUGACUAAUGCAGCUGGUUGAAUGAUGUCUCGAGAAUGGCAAGGUGAUCGUUGAGUCUAGAGAUCGAUGGAGAUAAUUCGUAAUU